CUGACAGUCAGUGGCAUCAAGAGUGCAUGCUAUAGCUCGCUGUCCGUUCUUCAGGAAAAUUGGUGAAACUCCAUCCGAAGAAUGCAGUUGUCGCUACCUUUGGUGGCCAUCCUGGUCAUUGCAGCGUUAGUUUUACCAGAUGCUGUUCGCAGUGCAGUCAACUACCAACAGUUCGCUGCGUCAAAUGGACUCACAUAUCGUCAUGGCAGCUGCCGAGGAAAUGACAUCCAAUUUCUCUCUAAUACAAACCUUGCGAGCUGCAAUACGCAGUGUAAGGCCAGGUCCAGUUGCAUCUGUUUCCUCUGGAAUGAAGCCAAUCACUGCUACUUGAAAAGCAAAACCUGUUCAAAUGUCGGCACAUCGAACCCGAGGAAUCAUUUCUUUGAUAAAGGCACCGUCAACUACCAACAGUUCGCUGCGUCAAAUAGACUCACAUAUCGUCAUGGCAGCUGCCGAGGAAAUGACAUCCAAUUUCUCUCUAAUACAAACCUUGCGAGCUGCAAUACGCAGUGUAAGGCCAGGUCCAGUUGCAUCUGUUUCCUCUGGAAUGAAGCCAAUCAUUGCUACUUGAAAAGCAAAACCUGUUCAAAUGUCGGCACAUCGAACCCGAGGAAUCAUUUCUUUGAUAAAAUCGCCGAUAUCAACGAAUGCACUGCAAAUACACACAACUGCGACAGGACGAACGGCAUAUGCACCAAUACACCGGCAGGAUCAUUCACAUGUUCUUGUAAAAGUGGUUUCACUGGAAACGGGAGAACAUGCACUGAUAUCAACGAGUGCACUGCGAAUACACACAACUGCGACAGGACGAACGGCAUAUGCACCAAUACACCGGCAGGAUCAUUCACAUGUUCUUGUAAAAGUGGUUUCACUGGAAAUGGGAGAACAUGCACUGAUAUCAACGAAUGCACUGCGAAUACACACAACUGCGACAGGACGAACGGCAAAUGCACCAAUACACCGGCAGGAUCAUUCACAUGUUCUUGUAAAAGUGGUUUCACUGGAAAUGGGAGAACAUGCACUGAUAUCAACGAAUGCACUGCGAAUACUCACAACUGCGACAGGACGAACGGCAAAUGCACCAAUACACCGGCAGGAUCAUUCACAUGUUCUUGUAAAAGUGGUUUCACUGGAAACGGGAGAACAUGCACAGUCAACUACCAACAGUUCGCUGCGUCAAAUGGACUCACAUAUCGUCAUGGCAGCUGCCGAGGAAAUGACAUCCAAUUUCUCUCUAAUACAAACCUUGCAAGCUGCAAUACGCAGUGUAAGGCCAGGUCCAGUUGCAUCUGUUUCCUCUGGAAUGAAGCCAAUCACUGCUACUUGAAAAGCAAAACCUGUUCAAAUGUCGGCACAUCGAACCCGAGGAAUCAUUUCUUUGAUAAAGGCACCGUCAACUACCAACAGUUCGCUGCGUCAAAUAGACUCACAUAUCGUCAUGGCAGCUGCCGAGGAAAUGACAUCCAAUUUCUCUCUAAUACAAACCUUGCAAACUGCAAUACGCAGUGUAAGGCCAGGUCCAGUUGCAUCUGUUUCCUCUGGAAUGAAGCCAAUCAUUGCUACUUGAAAAGCAAAACCUGUUCAAAUGUCGGCACAUCGAACCCGAGGAAUCAUUUCUUUGAUAAAAUCGCCGAUAUCAACGAAUGCACUGCAAAUACACACAACUGCGACAGGACGAACGGCAUAUGCACCAAUACACCGGCAGGAUCAUUCACAUGUUCUUGUAAAAGUGGUUUCACUGGAAAUGGGAGAACAUGCUCUGGUAGGUAG